CUGGUUCGGGAUAACGCUGAGCUCCGCUGUGAGCUGCCCAAAUUGGAGAAGCGUCUCCGGGCUACAGCGGAGCGAGUGAAAGCUCUGGAAACUGCUCUGAAAAAUGCAAAAGAGUCAGCCGUGAGGGAUCGCAAACGCUACCAACAGGAAGUUGACCGCAUCAAAGAGGCUGUGCGGUCCAAAAACCUGUUCAGGAAAGGACACUCGGCUCAGAUUGCCAAGCCAAUAAGAGCCGGUCAUCAGCACCAUCAGAAUCCGUCCUUCUCCCAUGCUAUCCGACCUACCAUCAGAGGAGGGGGUGCAGGGUCCAGCCCACAACACCAACCCCCCCGACACCAACCUCAGCAACAUCUCCACCAGAGCAGCAGCAGCAAGUAGGCUCCAGGUAGCAGAUGACUCUGGAUCAGUUUCCUUUUCUGCGGAUCUUUGAACUCUCCUGUUUUCACCACUCUGCCUAUACUGGAACCACACCCCACAAUGUUCUGCCUUAACAGCCAUUCCACCUUAAACAAUCCACCUUAACAGCCUUGCCAGCUUAACAAACAUUCCACCCUAACGCAGGUGCUCUCUCUGACUGUUUUCUGAAUUUUUGUUGUUGUUCUUUAUUCUCAAACAAUCAAAUAUCUUCAAAGAAUUACCGCUAAGAAAAGUUAGUAUCUUCUUUUUUUUUUUUAACGAAAUGACAUUUUUAGAUUUUGGGGUCUCUGUUGCCUUUAUUACACAGCACAGUGGAGAAAGAGAGGAAGGAUGCAGCAAAGGCUCUCGGAUCAGUUCUGCCUGGUCGCUGCGUCUGGUUGCCUUUAGCUGUGAGCUAAACCUGAGUCUGAAUCUGAGUCUGUAAACCUGUCAGUGUUUACUCAUCAUGUUUAAGACAUUCAACUCUCAGAUUUAAAGCAAACAGAUUUUUCACAGAGGUGCAGAAUUCCUCGUUUGAAAUUAAAUUAAAAAAGAGUUUAUUAUCUUUAAAAAGUGUUAUUCUCCAAACCUAGGGGUAAUCUGGAAAUGCUGCUCCCUGAUUCCAACUCCACCCAAGGACAAAAACUUUUAGCAGUCUAAACUCUACGCAGCCGUUUGUUGACUUCGGCAGUGAGCCACGCCAAAAUAAAGGUCCCUAAUGUUCCCUGCCCAAUAUGAAAGUCAAACAACAGAUAGAUUUCUAACCCAAGGUCCUACUCAAACAAGAGAAAACAGAUUUCAACAGAAAAGGCUUCUCAUUCAUAUCAGGCUGCUGCCGUGUUUAACAUAUAGUGAAAGAAUACUCCAGGUUGUCUAAUUUACAAAACUAUUAAUAACUAUUUACAAAGAGCUUGAUUAGGUCUCACAACGCCACACACACAAGUUCACUCACUUUACUCACUAAUGAACUUUUUGACUCAGGAGUUUCACACAGAGAACACUCAAAAGUUACCAUCAGAAACACACAGCUUGUUGUCCAGUCUGGGAACAGGAAUCCAAGCAAACAACUCGGCUGUCAAGAUAUACCCACACAGGACCCUGGGAGGGAGGAGAGAGAAAAACCCACACCCACAUUCUCUGGUGGGAGGGGUCACA